AUGCAUCCAUUCAAAUGUGAGAGGAGAAACUCUUGUGUAACUAAUCAGACGGAUUUGACAAGAGGUUUACGGGUUGUAGAAAUGGACAAUAUGUUAUCAAAAAAGUCUGAUCUUACUCUUCCAAAAAAUAAAAGUGAGGAGAAAGAAAUUAUUGAAAGAGUAUAUAACAUGCCAUCAUAUGAACAGGUGGCUGCAGUGUGGGUUGAUGAUAAUCCAUCUGCAAGCAUAAAGACUCAUGAUAUAUUAAUUUAUGGACAUUCCAAUACUGCACAUAGAGUAAAUUAUUAUUAUGGCUGUUAUGAUCCACUUCAAUAUCCAUUAAUAUUUACCUAUGGAGAACCUGGAUGGUAUGAAGGUAUCAAAAAGGUAAAUUUGAAUACUUCAAUAGUCCAUGAAGAUUUCAUACAAAUCAAUCAAAUUGAUUCAGCCGAACAACUUAUAGAGAUGGAAGAUUGUGCUAUGAAGAGAGGCAGACUUCUACAACAAUAUAUAGUGGAUAUGUAUGUUAAGAUUGAAACUGUGAGAUUAGAUUAUUUUCGUAGUGAUUUAUAUCCAUUUUAUAGGCGUCGUGACGAUGGUGUUACUGUUAAGGUCAGAGGAUCUGUACUAGAUAAUAGAUGGGUUGUACCAUACAAUCCUUGUAUUUUAGCUAAGUAUGAUUGUCACAUUAAUAUUGAAAUAUGUUCUUCUGUUAACGCAGUCAAAUAUUUAUACAAAUAUGUAUACAAAAGACAUAAUCGUGUUAAUUUUAUGGUGAAUAAAGAAACUAAUGAGCAUUAUGUUGAUAAGAUUUCGAAUUAUCAAACCGCUAGAUGGAUAUCUGCACCGAAAGCUAUAUGGAGAAUUUUUAGUUUUGAUUUAUUCGACAUAUCUCCUUCUGUAGUUUCUUUGCAGUUACAUAUUGAAGAUGCUCAGUUGGUUACAUAUAAUGAAACAGAUGAUCUAUCAGAAGUUAUAAAUAAAUACUCCAUUCAACGAACAAUGUUAACUGAAUUUUUUAGAAUGAAUAUUUCAAAUGAAAAGGCACGAACUUUACUUUAUAAGGAUUUUCCUACAUACUUUGUAUGGAAUACAUAUUUUCGAGUUUGGAGUCCUAGAAAGAAGCAAAAUGUUAUUGGUAGAAUAGUUGCUGCUAAUCCAUCUGAGGAUCCAAAGAGAAAUCCUCACCUGCAUGCUACUGUGAUCAAACAUAUGAUGUAUGGUCCUUGUGAACAAUUAAAUUCUACAAAUGUGUUCAUAAAAAAUAACCAUACUUAUAAAAACAAGCGUCGUGACGAUGGUGUUACUGUUAAGGUCAGAGGAUCUGUACUAGAUAAUAGAUGGGUUGUACCAUACAAUCCUUGUAUUUUAGCUAAGUAUGAUUGUCACAUUAAUGUUGAAAUAUGUUCUUCUGUUAAAGCAGUCAAAUGUUUAUACAAAUAUGUAUACAAAGGACAUGAUCGUGUUAAUUUUACGGUGAAUAAAGAAACUAAUGAGCAUUAUGUUGAUAAGAUUUCGAAUUAUCAAACCGCUAGAUGGAUAUCUGCACCGAAAGCUAUAUGGAGAAUUUUUAGUUUUGAUUUAUUCGACAUAUCUCCUUCUGUAGUUUCUUUGCAGUUACAUAUUGAAGAUGCUCAGUUGGUUACAUAUAAUGAAACAGAUGAUCUAUCAGAAGUUAUAAAUAAAUACUCCAUUCAACGAACAAUGUUAACUGAAUUUUUUAGAAUGAAUAUUUCAAAUGAAAAGGCACGAACUUUACUUUAUAAGGAUUUUCCUACAUACUUUGUAUGGAAUACAUAUUUUCGAGUUUGGAGUCCUAGAAAGAAGCAAAAUGUUAUUGGUAGAAUAGUUGCUGCUAAUCCAUCUGAGGGCGAGAGAUACUUUCUAAUAGUUUUAUUGAAUUAUGUUAAAGAGCCUAAGUCUUUUCAAGAUUUAAGAACAGUUAAUAACAUUGUUGUGCCUACUUAUCGCGAAGCUGCAUUUUUACAUGGUCUCAUAGGUGGGAAUAAUUAUUGUGAAAUAUUUUUAAAUGAGGCGAUCACCUAUGAAAUGCCUAUAUCAUUGCGUCGCCUCUUUGCUAAUGUGUUAAUUUUUUGCAGCCCUACAAAUCCAGUUUUAUUGAAUUAUGUUAAAGAGCCUAAGUCUUUUCAAGAUUUAAGAACAGUUAAUAACAUUGUUGUGCCUACUUAUCGCGAAGCUGCAUUUUUACAUGGUCUCAUAGGUGGGAAUAAUUAUUGUGAAAUAUUUUUAAAUGAGGCGAUCACCUAUGAAAUGCCUAUAUCAUUGCGUCGCCUCUUUGCUAAUGCUUUAAGAUGCAUAAAUUCAUUCUUGGAAGUUUUUGGUACAAAUAUAAAUGAUUUUGGUCUGGUAGAUUUUGACGUAAUUGUGAAUGAUGCUGAUGUGUUAGCAAAUAUGAUUUUAGAAGAGACUGCAAAUAUUAAUGUUUAUUUUUUUAUUGAUGAACCAGGAGGUACUGAAAAAACUUGUCUGUACAAGGCAUUACUUGUUAUAGUACGAUCUCGACAACUUGUUGCAUUAGCAACAGCGUCAUCGGGAGUGGCUGUUUCUUUAUUGCCGGUUGGGAGAACUGGUCAUUCACGUUUUAAAAUCCAACUUCAAGCAAGUUCUGAUAUGCGAUGUUCAGUAAGUAAACAAUCAUCACUUGGUCAACUUUUACGAAUGACAAAGCUAAUUGUGUGGGAUGAAGCACCGAUGAUUAAUGGAUUUGUUGUGUUUGGAGGAGAUUUUCGAUCAGUGUUGCCAGUAGUACAAAGAGAAACAAAAGAUGAUAUCAUGAAGGCCAGUUUAGUUUUUUCAGAUUUAUGGCAAUAUUUUAUACAACUACCAUUGACUGAGAAUAUGAGAGCUAAACUAAAUCCUUUGUUCUGUGAAUAUUUACUUAGAAUUGGAAAUGGAAUAGAAAGAGAACAUAUAUAUCACAUGAUUAAGUUUUCUUCAGAUGUAAUAAUAGAUUUUGAGAGUGAAUUUGAAUCAUUGAAAAAACUAAUUGCUAUUGUGUUUCCUAAUUUUCGCACAUAUGAAAGAUUUAUUCAUGAGGACUUUUUGAAUAAUCUAACUCCAAAUGGUAUCCCUUCACAUGAACUUGUACUAAAAAGAAACUAUCCUGUUAUGUUGUUUAGAAGCAUUAAUCCUUCAGAAGGAAUAUUGACAACGAAAAGGUACCAGCUAUUGCCCAGAUAUGAGCACGGAAUUAAUAUAUACUUGCAUGUCCUCCAAGGACGACCAAAUAUAGGCGGACAACCAUCAUUCAUGAGCCGCCUCAAUAGUUUUAACUCUAGCUCAAUAUUCUGA